CUCCUCCGCCAGUUCUGGGUUCGCAGGGAGACAGCUCGUCGGCGCUCUCUCAGUCCGACAACGCACGCGACCUCGCGCGGUUCGGACAACCCCGUGCACCUAGUGCUCGCGUCGUCGCUUCUGCUCACCGCUACAUUGCACCUCUCGACUUUCCUUCUCUUUGUCCCUUUCCCUUCGCCGAGGUGACGCAAAGACAAUCCCAGCGUUCGCGUCUUAACUAUUGACUACUAUAACGAUGUCUGGUGAAAAUUCCCUCGGAUGCAGUUAUCAAGUUGCUAACUAACUAGGUCUGAAUUAGCAAUUCUCUCUCUCUCUGCGGAUUGUGAUUUGUCCGACAAAACAAGGAGAGAUCCUCUAGUUACUCUAGGAUUAGAGCCAACUAGCGUCGCUGCGCGGUGUCUCUUGUGUUUUCAGUGUGUUUCCGCAGCGUGUAGGCGGUGCAAAUGCAAAGGUUAUCGCGAAGUGAGAUACGUUCCUCGAGUAUUCACGCUUAUUGGCUUUUAAGCAAGAUCGUGUAGAUGGAUCACGUGAUGCAGCUGAGAAAAAAGAAAUGUCGAGAACGAUACGUUUCGAUCUGACGAUAGAAAGAUCUGCUGGAAGAUCUACUGAGAAUUGCUUGAAAAUUUGAUCCAAGUACGUCGUCUAGACGGACGAGUUUAAUCCCGCUGGAUUAACCACCCGCGAAUAAUUUUCCGACACUCUUCUUCAGACAACGUCACGGAGGCUGUUUUAUUCUUCUCGUAAUUCGGUCAUAUCAGGCUUUCGUUUGUCUCUCUUGAGGAAUUUAGCGAAUAAUCGAAGAUGGAGGAAGACGAUACCGAGGAUGUGCGCGAGACUAUCAGUCAGCUGAUGAACCGACUCACCACGAAAGUUACUACAUCUUCUACGAAAUUUACAUCCAAGACUAACCGGCAGAUUCUACGAACGCAAGAAUCGGCCGAAGAUUCCGACACGAUGGAAUGCGCGUCUGAAAAUGAAGUUGAGAAUCUGCCAAAGGAUGAAGACACGUCGAUUAAGAUGCGCGGCAGGAUAUCUGAGAGGAGUCAUCACUCUCUGGACGUUCCGGACGAAGCCGACUUUAUGAUGCGUAAAAAGCUGACGACAGCAUCGUCUCUUCGCGUAAGCGACGAUUCGAAAUAUAUCGGCUCGCGGAUGGGCUUUUUCAUGUCGACUCGCAGCCCGCAGUCGAGCUCCAGUCAAGAGGAAUAUGAACCUGAAAUCAAGAGCAUCUCGAGAUUGCAGUUGCAACAACAAUGCCAGCAACAGCAUCAGCAGCAGCAGCAUCUGUUGACAAUCGGUGGUGUCGGUAGCCAAGUGACCGCCAGAUCGAUGGAAAGUCUGCGAUCGUCGAAAAAUUUUCUCAGCGCCGACGAUCACUUCAACGAGGACUCGAAAUCAAUGGAAUCGCUGUCCUCGUCCUCGGAAAUGCACAUGGGUUCAUCGUCAAGGGGCCACUAUAGAAGCUUCCUGACGUCAUCCACCAAGGACGUGCGCAAAAUCAUAACAGUCGAGUCGAAGAGCAGCGAGAACCUGCAUCGGGAGGAGAGCCUGAAUGCCGAGGUCAGACGUGGUCUUUUCGCCAAUACCGGCUUCGAAAGGAAGAUACCGCAGCACCUGAGUCUGCCACCGCCGUCUAGCAUAUUCUCUUUGACAAGUCCGGGAGGCAGCGAUCGCAAGAUCACGAUCCUGAGCCCACAUUCGCCCAUGCAAACGUCAGAGUUUCAAUUCUCUGCGCAAACCCUCAAGAGUAGACGCAAGAAGGCCAUCGUUUUGCCGAGGUUGGUGUUGCCGCGAAGCGAAUCCGAGGUCUUUUUAGAUUUCGAUGUGGAAAAUGGCGCCUCGACAUUGGACGGCGGUGCCGGCGGGGGCGGCGGCGCUUCACCAAGCGCGGGGCUCGUUCUCCAGACACUGCCCCAGAGAAGGGAGAGCUUCCUUUAUCGAAGCGAUAGCGAUUUCGAGAUGUCACCGAAAUCGAUGUCUCGAAACAGCUCCAUCGCCAGCGAGAGGUUCAAAGAGACAGAGCUUCCUGUCGAGCGAGCGAUAUUUACCGAUCAGUACAGCCAUGGCGAGGAUCUCAUCGUUACACCCUUCGCACAGAUUCUUGCUUCUCUGCGCUCGGUCAGGAACAAUUUCUUGUCGCUCACGAAUGUGCCGACAAAUAAAUCGCGAAGGAGUAGUGGGCAACAGGGCAGUAGUACGCCACAGCCACGGAUUUUGGCGCCAGGAGAGGAGCCCUUUAUGAAACUGGCUGUUGAAACGAUAGAGGAGUUAGACUGGUGCUUAGACCAGUUGGAAACCAUUCAAACGCAUCGAUCGGUGUCCGACAUGGCAUCUCUAAAGUUCAAGAGAAUGCUGAACAAAGAGCUAUCGCAUUUCUCGGAGUCAUCCAAAUCUGGCAAUCAAAUUUCGGAGUACAUCUGCAGCACCUUCCUUGACAAGCAACAGGAGCUGGACUUACCAUCUUUGCGAAUCGAGGAUGCGGUCGCCGCUGCGGGCAGCGUGGAUGCACGGGCGGCGAAGAAAAAGGAUCGUGUACAAAGGGGCCCCGCCGCUAUGUCACACAUCAGCGGUGUGAAGCGGCCAUUGACACAUACCAACAGCUUCACCGGGGAGCGCGUGCCGGUUCACGGGGUGGAAACACCGCACGAGGAGGACCUCGGCAAGUUGCUCUCGGACAUCGAUAAAUGGGGCAUCGACAUCUUCAGGAUAGGCGAACUUAGUAAUAAUCGACCCCUCACUUGUGUGGCGUACACGGCCUUCCAAAGUCGAGAUCUGCUCAAAUCGCUGGCAAUACCGCCCAAGACCUUCGUUACCUUCAUGAUGACCCUGGAAGAUCAUUAUGUGAAGGAUAAUCCUUUCCACAAUAGCCUCCACGCAGCUGAUGUGACCCAGUCUACUCACACUCUGCUCAACACGCCUGCCCUAGAGUCCGUGUUCACACCGUUGGAGAUUACUGCUGCGUUAUUUGCGGCUUCUAUCCAUGAUGUAGACCAUCCAGGACUCACGAAUCAGUUCCUCAUUAAUUCAAGCUCUGAGCUCGCGCUGAUGUAUAACGACGAGUCAGUGUUGGAGAAUCAUCAUUUGGCAGUCGCGUUCAAGCUUUUGCAGAACGAGGGUUGCGAUAUAUUCGUGAACAUGACGAAAAAACAGCGGCAGACGUUGCGAAAGAUGGUUAUUGAUAUGGUUCUCUCGACGGAUAUGUCCAAACAUAUGUCAUUGUUGGCUGAUCUAAAAACCAUGGUGGAGACGAAGAAAGUCGCUGGUUCUGGCGUAUUAUUGCUCGAUAAUUAUACUGAUCGCAUUCAGGUGCUGGAGAACCUGGUGCACUGCGCCGAUCUGUCUAAUCCAACAAAACCAUUGCCACUUUACCGACAAUGGGUGAGUUUGCUGAUGGAGGAGUUCUUCCUACAAGGUGACCGCGAACGGGAACAGAACAUGGAUAUAAGUCCAAUGUGCGAUCGACAUAGCGCUACAAUCGAGAAGUCGCAGGUCGGCUUCAUUGAUUAUAUCGUGCAUCCAUUAUGGGAGACCUGGGCAGAUCUGGUACAUCCGGAUGCGCAGGAGAUUUUGGAUACUCUUGAGGAAAACCGUGAUUGGUAUCAAUCGAUGAUACCUCCCUCGCCGCCGUCCGAUGAGUCGCAACAACCAGCAACGAAUGAAAGUCAGCAACAGCAGGAUAGGAUACAUUUCCAAGUGACGUUGGAAGAAGGCGACGAGACCGGCGAGGCGGUAGAGGGUGGUGAUACCGGCAGUGAUGGCGGCGGUGGUGAAUCGACGACAUUUACUGGCGAGGACGCGGGCGGUGAGACGGGGGAAAACGUCACAGAGGCUGGGAUGUGACGGAGGCUCGCCGGGAUUUGCAGAAAGUUCCAUGAGAAGGUGCAUCAGAGCUGGUGGCGCGUGCGUCAGUGACAUUUGCACGUAGCCGCGCCUAGCCGCCGGUCCCUUUGUAUCGACCUAUGCCGCGUUGGCCGGACCACGAGAGGAGGCGGUUGAGAUGACGGGAGCCAUCUCGAUCAGGCAACAAGAGAUAACGUCCCGACGACGACGGAAUUAUGACGGAGGUGCGAAAAUGCGUCAGGAUCGCUAUGUUUCGGCUGGACCGAAACGAGCGACGCGAAAGGAGCACGUUUUGCCGUCGUCGUCGUCGUCGUCGUCGUCGUUCUAAUUUCGUCUCCGCAUCUCAUUCAAAUUCUAUCAAGCGGGAGGGGCGAAUCUCUUCACAAAGUACCUGCGCAAAUAAAAGCGGCAGCUGCAUGUUUGCGAUAUAUAUCGAGUGGGUGGCAAGAUGUUUUUUGUUUUCUUAUACACACGCACACACCGAAGAUGAUGAUGAUUGUGGGACGGUGAUCGUCCAUCGUGUAUCAAUCCAUCAUCUUUUUUUUUUGACAUAUGAAGAUGUGCCGCCGUCGAAGGCUGGAAGAAGCCUCUCUUCCAAAACUAUGCAGGAUCCUCAACAACAUAUCAACAAUAUAUACAAUGGAUUCUAGCCGAAGCAUAUUAGCGAACAAAUUGAUGUCACUGUCUUCUUCUUGAACGUUUCAAACGUCGCACAGAAAUUAUCGUGAGUCAAUUGAGAUUUAUUUGCAUAUGACAGAAAUUCCAAAUGCGCUCAUCAAUUUGUUUCUUGUGUUACGAUAUGACAUCAUGUUGUAAAUUCAACAAUCUGUUAUGAUUCAAUUUUGCGAAUAAUCGAAAUGUCCCACAAUAAUCGAUGUUCAAAAUUACAUACGCGAUAUCGAAUGGAUCAAGAAUACGUUAUCCGAUACAUACGAUACAUCAGAAAGAAAUAAAUGAAAUGGAGAGAACAAUUAAGCGGAUACUCAAUAUCAUUAGGCGUUCAUCUUUUUGGUUCUUCGACGGUCAUUCAAAUAGUCACCUACUUAUCGGUAGAGAGAAGGAUACCUGUCUUUUUAAUCGUAAGAUUUUGUCAUGUUCGCUUUGUAGAUGUAGAGAAAUUCGUAAUUGAAUUGUUCGUAAUCGAAAACGAGAAUUCAGAAGUAGCCGCGUGUCUAUAAAGGAAAUGCUAGAGCAAACACGUAGAGUAUUACUCACCAUUUACAUGAUUUACGAGAAAAAAGCGAGAUUAAUUCGCUAUUUUUUUCCAACUCGCGUAAUCAAUGGGAGAGCACCGAGCAGCAGAAUGAGAGGAAGGAAGGCAUCGAGAUAAGGGGACAAUUAAUUUUAAUACACAACUAUGUCGAGAGCUGGCCUUUUCAGCUUGUAUUAAAAUUAAUUACCGAGACGCUUUCUUUUCUUGCGAUAUGUAUACAAUAUAUAUACACAAAUAAAAAUAUACAUAAAGAAACAUACAUAUACAGACACAUGACACAAACGCAAUACGUACAACUACAACUGCGCGCGAGGAUAUAUAUCGAUAGAUGUUUUUAACCAAAGAGUAAUAUAUAAGUGAUUGUUAAGUUGAUUGCCGAGCGUGCCGUUCACCAAUACGUCUUCUGACGACAAAUAUUCCAGCGACGGUGAACGAAUCGUUCUGGAAUUUCGCGUGGAACGUGAAAAUGAAAUCAUCUUCUCGCCACGGAUGUCCGUGAAUCGCUCAAAUUUGCAAAUUCAUUCGGUAUUCAAAAUGCGAUUGCCCCAAGCGAAUUUGAAAUUAUCGAGCCGAUUAAAUCGCCGUUCAAAGGCCCGAUCGUUCACAAUGCCAAUCUCGUCGUGCUUCUUAAUGUACAAAAUUGUUGACAUCCCACGAAGAUUAUUCUCUUCCUCUUUUUGACUAAUCUUUAAUUUCGUCGUAUUGGUGAAAUGAUGACAAUUGCGCGCCUCGAUAAUAUCAGGGAAAUGAAUGUGAAACACGUCUUUUUAAUGACCGAGUGUAAACCGAAGAUCAGCCUAAACCAAAAUUAAUAUUAUAACUAUUUAAAUCGUAAAGCUUGCCAUCGACUGCGUGGAGAAAGAAAUUUGGUGUCUGAUUAGGCGUGUAUAAGCGGUGAUAGCUCGGGCUCAUAUAAUCAUACAUUUCUUAAUCACGUUAAGGGAAUUACCUUAUAAUCGCAUAAUAAAAAAGAAAAAAGAAAAAAAUACUACGGAGAAAGCAAAAUCUCUAUGUGUGUUGUAGACAGUGAUCUAGUGAGUGUUUGGUGCUGGCCACCAAGUUUAGCUUGUAAGAAAACUCCGAGGUUCACAAGAGUCCGCGACUACAAUUGUUAAGUCAAGAAGGAGAGUUAACUUAACGAAGUUUUUAGGGCGUAAGCAACGAGGUUAUAAUAAUAAUAAUAUAAUAAUAAUAAUUACUGAUAAUGAUCAUAAUAUUAACAGUAAUAAUAAUGAUUAAAGCGCGAUAAGAAAGAUACUGAUUUACUAGUUAACGAUAACACUCACUACGCAAACGAAUCGAGAUUACGUUCGCUUCACGAGGCAACGUUAUUUGAACGAGGAGAAGUAGAAGAAGGGACGAUGAAGUGUUAUCGAUGAUGUACCUCUGCAUUGACGCCGAACUGGAAACUCGGCGAAAGUAUUCGAUUAAACGGUAAUCUUUUUAAUUUAGUGCGAGUGCGCCUUUGAUUGUAUUUUGGCGUGGACGAGCGGAAACGCACUCGUUCUUUUUUCCGUAAUGUUUUCUUGUCGCUCGUCUCGAUGGAUCUCGCGGGUAUGCGCGCAGGUACAAAUAUAAAGAAACACGCCACACAAAAUAUGACUUGUUAUAUAAAUCUCAUUGAAUUAAUUCGAUUUAUCGUAAUUAAAACAUCGUUAUUUGAGCAGCAGCAGUUGAAACUGGUGUCUUCUGUACAUAGCGAUCUUGAUUGUUUGUCAGAGAUUCAAAAAAUAAGGAAAAAGAACGCGAAAAUAAAUUAUUAUUCACAAGCACGUGAGAAGUGGCGAUUCAAUGUUUUUGCGAAUAUAAACAAAUCGCAUUGUGAUUCAAUGAGAUGUGUGUAACAGUAUCUAGUAAUAAUAGAAUUAUAUAACGGUGAUGAGAUGACGAGGAGAGAAAAAUAAAAAUACCUUGUUUGAUUGCUGGACAGUUAAAUGAAUGUAUUAAUAUCGUGUAAUCGUCGUACGAGAUAUAUGUGUAAUAAAACAUAUUUAUUGUCGGAA